AUGAGGAUAGUUAUGAGCCUUCCUGGACGUGGGAUACACCUUCAGGAGGGGCUCUGCCCAAGGGGACACCCACCGCAGGCAGACCUGGAUCCAUUCUUACCACCACUAUCACCCGGAGCCCAGGCCAUUCCUCUCCAGCUCCAAGGAUCCAUGGGGACACAGGUUCCCUGAGGAAACCGUGGCCGGAGCGUCGGCUGCAGCGUCCCACAGCGGCCAGGACGGCGCCCCCUGCCCCUUCCCCAGUUCCCUCGGCCUCGCCAGAGCCCCCUGGCCCACCGGUGACCCCCGACUCUGCGCCACGGCUUAUUCCCGAGACAGCUUCAACGCGGGAGGUGACCUCUGACCCUCCUGGCACUUUGCCACCCAGCCCAGACCUGGCCUCCCGGAUGAACUCUGACCUCACCUUGACAACCCCUGGCCUCAGUCUGUCCACCCCUGAGGCCGCUGUGAUUCCAGCGCUGACACCUGAUCUCUCACCCACCCUACCACCCACCUUGCCCAAAGAACUGACCUCUGACCCCUCUGCACCAGCAGCGGUGACCCACCUUUUUUCUACCUCAGAGUUGACUCCAGAAUCUGACACAACCCCAAACUUGGACACAGCUCCAUACGCCAACACAGUUCCAGAUCAUUCCAGAUCCCCAGACCCUUCCACAAGCCCCCACCCCACUAGCACCCCUCACUCCACCUUGACCUCUCACCCCUCCAUGACCUCUCAGCCCAUGACCACCCCUCACUCCAGCACGACCCCACAACUCACCACGACCCCACAACCCACCACACCUCCACAACCCCCCACACCCCCCCAACCCACCAUAACCCCUCAACCCAUCACAACCCCUCCUCCUACCACAGCCCUUUACCUCACCACAACCCCUCAACCCACCAUGACCCCUCGGUCCACCACACCCCCUCAGUCCACCGCCGCUCAACCCACCACAACCCCUCACCCUAUCACAACCCCUUACCCUGCCACGACCCCUCACCCCACCAUGACCCUUCAUUCUACCACCUCUACUCGCCCCGCCAUGACGGCCGACCCUACCUCAACCCCUAUGAUCACUAUCAAGUCCAUUCUAACUUCCUUGGGAACAGAACUCUUCUCUCCCGCUCCAGCACCAACAGUCAAGCCUAGCCUACAGCCCUGGUUGACCUCCACGGGGUCCUCCCGUCUCUCUACAUCCCAGAUGUUGAGCCUAGCGCCUUUUCCAGCCUCAGAGUCCAGCCACUCCAGGCCUUCUCCAGCCCCAAGCAUGGACACACUGUCCACUCAGGACUUUGAACCACCAAGAAGCCAGAGCCCCAAACCAAGCCUACCACCCACCCAGACCCCACACUCAGGCCCUGACCCUACUGUGACCUCUGACCUCCACCUGUCUUCCAUGGCCCACCCCUUGGCUCAACCUCUCCCUGACCAUCUCACCCCAAAGCCAACUCCUUGUCAGAGCCCAGACCCCCUUGGCCCAUGUGUGGCGCUGCCACCACCUGUAAGGGUCAUGGCUUGUGAGCCACCUGCCCUGGUGGAGCUGGUGGCUGCUGUGAGGGACGUGGGUGGCCAGCUGCAGAGGCUGACCCUGGUCCUGGAACAGGAACUGCAGCAGCGCCAAGCCCUGGGACUGGGGCUGACCCAGCUGGUGGAGGCCACCCGGAACCUUGGGCAGCUGGGUGAGGUUGUAAAAAGACUUGCUGAGGGGGCCUGGCCCCCCAGCACAUCUGCACCAACCACCACCACCCCAGAGGAGGAAGAAAGGCCUCUGAGGGGGGACGUGUGACCCUGUAUGGGAUUUGAGGGGCUAAGACACACCCAAACAAAAAAUGAAAACCAAAGUGUCUAAUUAAAAACAAAAUAUCAGUGACAUUUGUGGGGACCUAGGGGGAACUCCAGGGAGAUGGAAUCACAAGAUUGGUCUUGAUUUGUCAAUCCCACAGGCACCAGGCAAGGCAAUGGUGUUUCUGGUGAUGGCGUUGGUGAUAAUGGGCGAUGAGCAUGAUGGUCGCUGUGACUGUGGCAGACGUAUGGUGGUGAGCUUUACAACGGCAGUGAUGGUGGUGACCGUCACGGUGACAACGAUGAUGGUGAUGGGAGUGAGGUUGGCCAUGAUCAUGGCGGUGAUGAUGAUGAAGGUGCUCAUGGGCAUGAGUGUGACGACAUAGUGACGAAGAUCACGAUGGAGAUGGGGGUGCUGAAGAUGCCACCAUGGCACUGACGAAGCCCCGUGGUGGGAGGAAUCUUUGUCUUGUUCACAGACGUACGCCCAGCUCUUCGAGCAGAGCCUGACGCAGA